AUGAUUGAAGAUGUUGACAAACACGUUCUCCGCAAAUAUGACAUUGUCCAGAAGCUCGGCAAGGGGGCGUACGGAGUGGUGUGGAAGAGCUACGACCGGCGCACCAACGAAGUGGUGGCCCUGAAGAAGAUCUUCGAGGCCUUUCAUAAUGCCACAGAUGCCCAGCGGACUUUUCGGGAAAUUAUGUUUCUGCAGCAGCUGGCUGGCCACGAGAACAUCGUGCGCCUCAUGAACGUCUUGAAGGCCGACAACGACAGAGAUAUAUAUCUGGUCUUCGACUUCAUGGAAACGGACCUCCACGCCGUCAUUCGCGCGCAAAUUCUCGAAGCAAUUCACAAACAAUAUAUCAUUUACCAACUUCUGCGGGCCAUCAAGUACAUGCACUCGGGCGAACUGCUGCACCGCGACAUGAAGCCUUCGAACAUUCUGCUGAACAGCGAGUGCCACGUGAAGGUGGCGGAUUUCGGGCUGGCGCGGUCAGUGGCGCACGCAGAGGGCGGCGACGCCAGCAGCAACCCAGUGCUGACCGACUACGUGGCCACCAGGUGGUACAGAGCCCCCGAGAUUCUGUUGGGUUCGACUUGCUACACGAAGGGCGUGGACAUGUGGUCUUUGGGGUGCAUUUUGGGGGAACUUCUCUCCGGCAAACCCAUCUUUCCCGGGUCUUCUACUCUGAACCAACUCGAGCGCGUCGUGACGCUGACUGGAUGGCCCUCGCGCGAAGACGUGGCAGCAAUAAGAAGCCCCUUUGCUGCUACCAUGAUGGAGGGCCUCCCUGUAGUGAAGCAAAAAAAACUCGAAGACUACUUCCCGGACGCGCCGCCCAUGGCACUGGAUCUGCUGCGGCAGCUGCUGCAGUUUAACCCCUUGAAGCGAAUAAGCGCAGAGAAAGCCCUGGAGCACCCCUACGUGAGGCAAUUUCACAAUCCCGAAGAUGAACCAGUUUGUGGCCGCAUAAUAACAAUUCCCAUUGAUGACAACACAAAAUACUCCGUUGAAGACUACAGAGAAAAAGUUUAUAAUGAGGUAAUUCGAAAAAAGAGAGAAACGAGGCGCCACAGACACGGCCACGGGACGUCUUCGCAGGGCACUUCAGGGGCCUCCACAGCCCCCAGCAGCAGCAGCAGCAGCGGCAGCAGCAGCAGCAGCAGCAGCGGGGCUGCAGCAGCAGGCGCGGGAGACGGCGACGCCCGGGGCUCUUCGCGCCACAGCACCACGCACCACUCCAUGGGCGAGCAGCAGCCCGCAGCAGCUGCUGCUUCUGCUGCUCCCAGCCACAAGAGCAGCGGCAGCUACGCCCAGCAGCAGCAGCAGCUGCUGCAGCAGCAACAGCAGCUGCUGCAGCAGCAGCAGCAACAGCUGCUGCAGCAGCAGCGGCAGUCCCCCGCUGGCCCCUUCUCCUCAGUUGCUGGGGCCCCCUCAGCCGUCUACGCGCAGCAGCAGCAGCAGCAGCAGCAGCACAUGGUGUAUGGGGGGCCCCCCAGCAGGGAGACUCCUGUGUCUCAGCAGCUGUCAUCAGGGCACUAUGAGCACAGGAGGCAGCAGAAGCCUGUUGCUGCUGCUUCGCCUGUGCAUUCCGGCUACACUUCCUACCCCGCAGCAGCUCCUGCAGCAGCAGCAGCAGCAGCAGCAGUACCUGCAGCAGCAACUGCUGCGGGUGCGGCCAUGUACGCUGCAGCGGGAGCGACGCCGUCGCACAGCGCGGUGUAUGGACGCUACACCCAAGGGGGCAGCAGCAGCAGCAGCGGCAGCAGCAGCAGCAGCAAAGGCCUUGAAGCAACACAGCGACGCUGA